UCUCUGCUGUGAGGAGAGAGGACCGAGGUAGGAGGAGCUGCUGCCGCUCACACAAAGCCACAGAAGAUUCUCCAGCAACCUCCCUGUCUUCAGGAGGAGCCCAGACAAUACCCUGCCUGCAACUUACCUGCAGCAUCCCCUCCGCCUGCACAGUGACAAUGCUGGACACGCUGAGCUGCCAAUAUGAUUCCUUCCUGUUCUGGAAGCUUCCUAUCCCAGAACUGGAUCUCUCCGAACUGGAGUGCAUUGGCUUAGAGAAAACCACCAAGAUGUCCAAAGGUGGAUCCAAAGAGGAAGAUGUCCUGCUGGAGUACACUGCGUUCAACUACUGGCGAGAACCCAUUGCCAGCAUUGAAGCCUUGGACUUCGACCUGAUUUAAAAAAAAUAAGAAAAAUCUAAAGGAAAAAAAAUCAAGGCCUUGCUGUAAUCUACCUGCCUUUCAACCACAGAUCGCUCACAAAGCUUAGAUAAUUUAUUAUUUAUUAAUGUAUUUAUUUCACGACCCUGGUGGUUUCUCUUGAAUGUGUUUUACUUCUUGGUAUCUGUUUAGUUUUUACAUUUAAAGCACUUACUGGUAAAGUUUGAGUUUUCCCUCACAAUGUCAUAAUGGUUGAUGAAAACCGAAACUAAAGCCGAUUCCAUCCCCUUAGGUCAAUUUAACCGAAACAACCAAAGGCAAUCGGCCUGCUCUCCAUGAUGUAGUUGUUGGCUCUGAAGCAGAUCUGAAUCGAAUACUUUAUAGCCUUUAAGUUAACCGCAUGGAAAAUUCCCAAAACUUCUGUUGGUUUGUAGAAUGCGACCACCAAUAAUGGGUAUAAGUAUAUCAGUUGUACAGACCCUGAGAUUUUUGGUUGGUCGGUGAGUCAUGAGACGUUAGGUCUGAGCUCUAGCCAUGAAAAAUAAUCUUAAGUACUUGGGCAAUUUUACAAGUAGGUAUAAUCGACGAGCAAUUGUCACGUGACUUUUUAGUAAAAAGAAAAAAAAUUAUGGUAUUUUCUUAUACAAUGAGACGUUGACUGAUUUGCCAAUCUUAAGGUAUGUUCCAACAGAGGAUUUUUGGGAGUGGGUUUCAGUGCGGAUUCAGUGCCAAAAACCAGUCCGAAUCUAUGCUGAAGCUACUUUAAUUUUUUUUCCAUGGCAGGGUAUUUGCCACACGGUUUUUAAGACCAUGCCAAGAAUGGACCUGUCUGUUAACAAGUGGACUCCUUGCAAAGUGGCUGCUGAAUCCUGUUGAUGGUCUAGCUGCAUUCAAUGGAGCUAAACCUAGAGCCGGUCUGCACGAAAACCCAUAGCAGAAACUGCAGUGGUUUCCGCAGUGUGUACAUCCACACCUUCGGAAAUUAAGAUUUCGGCAUACAUUACAGAAGGAAAUAAUCAAAAAAAUUUGUCCACAGUGUAGAUAAAAAUCCUCAGUCAGUCUGGUAUUUGUGCCACCUAUUCUCUUGCAAAUACACAGUGGAUUUGUCAUACUUAAAUUGUUGAUGUGUGAACAUAUCCAUAAGCAUAGAGCUAAAACAUUUUGAAGAUCCAAAUCUGAAGAAAAGACUGCAUUGAUCUGCCAUCCUAGGGUGCGUAAUCGACAGUCAUCCUUGUAGAUAACUUUCCUGGUGGGCGUUUUCGACUUGCUUCCUUAGGUAAAAGCUCAUUAUUUUGGAGAGACAAUCUUCUUGGCGGUCUGCCCAAUUGCAUUAACCUAUAUCUCAGAAUCCAUGGUCUGCCCCUGGGGAGCGGCAGCCAUCUUCCUCAUUCAAAGGAUGGAAGUUGUGGUGGCACAUAUCAGUACCCUCUUCUAGCCCUUCUGUCCUGUACUGAGUGACCACCAGAUCCUCACAGGAAUGUGGAGAUCAGGAGCUUCCAUUCUGUGACUGGGGUUUUCCUUUAAAUACAUCUUAUUGCAUACAUUUAUGACAAUUUUCAGAUCUCCGACAGUGACAAUAACAAAAAAAUCACCUCACGUCUGGCUAUCAUAAGGACACAUAGUCUUCUGAGGAUAAAUGGAGACCACAGCGACCGGUCGGGUCACUGCUUGUCAUCGGUCGCUAGGCUGCUGGUUUUUUACACCAGAUAUUCAGAUUUUUUUCUGUAUACAUUAGGUAUAUAUAUUUUAAUUGCUUACUUAUUCUGAGGUUACAAACCUGAAGCCUCUCUACCCUGUGACCCUUAGGACAAUAAUUCCCGACAGAGGUUGGUCAAUUUAGCAAUCGAGGACCGAAUAUGAAUCCCAUCUUCACAUAAUUAUGAUGCAUGUAGGCGCUGCCAAAGGAGCAACAUCUUCUUUUGCCAGAAACAUGCCUGUGUUUAAAGUUGCCUCUACCUUGUGUAAGAUGAUUCUGGCAGAAGACGAUUGCUCUUAUUUAUUGUGCCUGUCCGGUCUUGAAACGCGUUGACAAAGGAAUAUCUUCUCCAUUAACCUGCACCAGGUUAUCGUUUUCUUUAUGAUCAAGUUUCCCACGAUGACCUGCUACCACAGCGUGGCGGCAGAGAACUUGGGCUGCAGUCUGGAGCACCCGCUCACAACGAGGACUUUGAGCGCCCCGCUGAUUCCACAGCUCAUAAAGGAGAACUUUCCAUCUAUCUAUUACACUGUAGCCCGACGGUACUCCACAUGAGGCGGUGUUCUUCACAUAAUUACUAUUACUAAUCCACUUAGUACUUAGCUAUGGAUGGUGGUUUGGAUCCUCACAAUAGUUCAGUGAUGUGGCUGAAUGAUCAGACCUCAGGCAGGAAGUGUUAUCAUAGGGUCACAGGAACAGAGGAGCUGAAUAUCUCUGAAGUAAUGUGAAUGUCAUAAGCCAGGUCCACGAAAGAUUUCACAGCGUUACUCAUGUGACAACAUAUCAAGACCUGCACUCUACCAAAUAAAAUAAUUCAGUUGUGACUUGCA